CGUGAAGCCAUUGCGAAUGCGCCUGGUCUGGCUCGUUAUGCCUAGGAUGCGCAUGGACAAGUACAGCUCGGAGGGCAGGCACUCAGACGUCGUGCAUGCUGUCGCGCCUUCCCGGGCAGCUUGCAGGCUUGAUCGCCUGCUUCUUGUACGACGACGAGGCUACGACGCGUUUGUGCGCCGUCCGCCCAACGGCUCGGCGCUCCCGCUUGCCUGGCAAACAACGGACUGUCCCACUCGCAGACCACAGCCUCCGCAUGCCCACUCUCUGUUGCAUCACAACGACCUCUAGACAGAAGCUCAGCAUCUGACUCGGCAUGCCUUCACUACAGCGCAAAAUCAAGUUCGUGACGCAACAGCGCACCAUCCCCAAGGACUCGGGGAUGGAGGGCUUCCCCAUGCGCGAGUGGAAUGUCAAGAUCUACGUCCUCGACGAGGCCGGUAAUUCGAAGCCCGCGACCUGCUUCAACAAGGUCACCUAUAACCUCCACCCUUCCUUUGAGAACCCAAAUCAGACCUUCCACGAACCGCCGUUCACAUGCCAGAACGAAGGAUGGGGCGAGUUUGAAAUGUCCAUCGACAUUUACACGACGGAAAAGGCUAAGCAGACCAUCUUCCACGACCUCAACUUUGCGGCCAACGAGUAUGAGAACGUGCACACGUACACGUUCAAGAACCCUUCUCAGGCGCUCCAGGCUAUUCUGCGCGAGACGGGCCCCAUCUCUGAGGACAAGCCGCGCAAGGCCGGCGACAAGAGCGGGAGCAAGAAGAAGUCGGCCUACGACUUUGAGAAGAUGGGCGACGCCCUCACCAAGCUCGACGAGGACGACCUGCUGCAUGUCAUCCAGAUGAUCCAUGACCACAAGACCGAGGACACGUACACCAAGAACGACAUGGAGGCGGGUGAGUUCUCGGUCGAUCUGUACACGUUGUCUGACAGCCUGGCCAAGAUGCUUUGGGAUUUCCUGGUGAGUUGCGCCACCGGAUAUGCAUUAAGUGACGGGCGUGUUUCUCAGGCAUUUGACGUGACUAACAUGCACAUACCCUGUUCCAAGGCCGAGCAAAAGCUCGUAUAGUCCAAGCCGGCACAGCAGGAUCCUACACGGCAGGUACACCAAGGCAGAGACGUGCCAAUGAGAUUUCGGAUAGACAUUGGGAAAUUCAUCAUUGCUGAGCACCGCAUAUCAUGAGAAGAUCUA